AUGCCGUCCGUGAUAGAGCUUCAGGACGCUGGUAUCAAGUUCGAGGCUGUAGAGGAUGAUGAUGAUCAGCUCAACCUCAACAUGUUUGAUAUCCGCUUCGAACAUGGUCAUUUUAAAAUACCAAAGUUGGACGUUGAUGAUUCGACAGAAACAUUCUUCCGUAACAUCAUUGCCUAUGAGCAACAUUCCUCGCGUUACGAACCAAAAUAUUUCACUGAUUAUACAUACUUCAUGGAUCUACUAAUCAACUCCAAAGAAGAUGUGAAACAACUUCGUCGCCAUGAUGUUCUUGACAACUGGCUUGGUGAUGACGAAGAGGUGGCACUUAUGUUCAACAAACUCGGUCACGGAAGAAUAAUUACGCAUCAGUUCUACUAUGCUAAAAUGUGCGGCGUAGUGAAUGCUCAUUGCAAGAGAUGGUGGAACAGAAGAAAAGCUUCAUUGAAGCGUGAUUACUUCAAAAAUAUAUGGGUUACUGUUGCCACUAUGGCAGCUGCUUUUCUCCUCCUCCUCACUAUCACAUAG